CGGAUUGCUCACAAGCUUUCACGGUCAUUGCCCGAUGGGCGGAUAGGACGAGUAUGAAGCACGUGUACCAAGCCAAUCAACAAGAACGUAGUACGCCCCGUAUAGCUACUCGAAAACGAAACGCUUACCGUUGUGGAAGACCCUCCGCCUGAGAGACGCUUCCCCCAUCCUUGACAGUUAUCGAUUCCUUUUCGAACGACCUUGGGAAAUACCAGUGCCCACUUCGGAUUAGUCGACCGAUAAUCGUCCUUGUGCAAAGAAAACAACAACGCAAGCCAAUCUCACCAGCUUCAUUACACCAUAAUGAAAUCCGACGACCCAAGCUUCGAAGAGACGAAAAGCCGACGCCGGCUGCCACCUCUUGACGCAAAUGCCAAAGAGUGGGAUCAAUUGUUCUCGGCAGGCCGCGAUUUUCAUGAAGAUGAUUCUUCUUAUGUCGAAACUCUGAAGAAGGAGUUCAACGUCCUUAGCAGUGAUCUUGAGAUCUUCUUACGAGACUGUGAGGGGCCGGUACCACUGAGCGGGCUAGAGGAAGUGAGAGAGCUCUGCGAAACUCCAUUAUCCCGCACCGAUGAUACCCAAGAUGGGGAAGCCCGUUCUGACCCGGGAAAAGCAUGGCUCGACGAUAGGGAAGCAUCCACAGGACAUGUCAGAGAGUAUCCAAAUCGACUCAACGCGGACCAGCUUUUCAUGUGCUUGGCGAAGAAGAGAUAUGGACUGGAGAAUCUUCCAAAUGCAGAUCGACGACUCGUUUACGUAGCAGAUCUCGAUCCGGACUAUAUCCUCGCCAUCGCAAGAACAGCUCCCUGGUACCAGGUAGGGACGCUGAGAGAUGCCAUUUGGAAACAUGUCGCCCUCCAGACUUCAAUUAGGGUUAAGAUUCUGCCUUUUAGGUUUCCUAUCUUCCGGCUGCAGUUCCAACUUCCGUAUUUGGCUUUAAGGCCAAUCUAUUUGCCUGCAUGCCCCAUGGACUCCCACAGAGACUUGAUAGACGUGUCUUUCUUGGACAUUAGGUUGCCCGAGAGACAGAAGAAUCGCAAGUUUGGAAUCAGAGAGGCGGAAAUCUCCUUGGUGAUAUGCGGUUCUGGUAACAAAAGUUGGACCGCAUACGCCUUUGUGGACACCAGGCUCGAAGAUAGCGGCAGCCUUCAGGACGAAGAUGGGGCCGAGGACGAUGAUAGCGACGAUGACGAUGCCAUUGAUGAGGGCCCUCCUGUCAACCUAGAUCCAUUUGGCGACGCUGGCGUGGACGAGAUUAUUGACGCCAACUAUCCAACGUGGGAUGCGAGAGCUUACUUCCUCCGUGUCGUCAAUAUCCGGAUGCGCCAGGUCCUUGAAGAGUGGCGGUUCCUCGUUCGGCAGACAGAAAAGAGCGUGAAGCGAUAUGGGAGGAAUCACCGUUUUAUCCUUGUGCAAGAACCUUCCGCAGAGAACCCCCGGGACAUCAAAAUGGCUUUGAAUUGGACUGUGCAAGCUUUGGAGGUUUUAAACCGACUCCGAUCGCGCCUUUCAAUGACCAUGAAAGCUUGGGACCGAUUUCAAUCUCCCGGCGGCGACAUCUGCUAUUUCUCGGAAAUACCCGGUCACUCCAAAAGGUCACUUGAGAGUAUCAAAGAGACUUUCCAGGAUUUGGAAGAUCUUGAACAAACUCUAAUACAUCUGGAUGAGUUUUGUGAGAAAUCUAGUAGAAUACUUCAACUCCAGAUGGGUGCCGAGGGCAAUCGUCUGAACUUCGAAAGCAACCGUUUGAACUUCGAGAGCCAUCAGUUGCACUGCCAAACACAUCACCUCAACUUACAGACAAGUGUGCUCAGCCGGGAUAAUCAUCGCCUGAACCUGGAAACCAGCAAGAUCGCCUUAGCGAAUCAUGAAGCGGCUCAGAUGACGAGUCGAACCACCCUCUUGAGCCUUGAGAUCAACCAGGUCAUGGCCCCAGUUGCCCUGGUGCUUGCAUACUUCGGCACCCAGCGAGACAUCUUUUCCUUUGAAAGGAAUUCAAAGACUUUCGUAAUUUGCACCGUCAUCAUGGUGGUUGCAGUGAGACUCCUUGCUUUCGUCAUCAACGGAGUGGGUUCUGCGAAGAGGAUCUGCGGCUGGUUGUGGAUAGCUCGUGCAAGGCGGACUAGAGCUACUGCUCAGCCUAGCGGCGACUCUGACUCUGGUGUUAUUGAGCUAUCUUCGCGACCGAAUGCCGUCGUCUGAGGCUACAGCACACUCGACGCCUGAGGAUCGCACUACGAUAUGCGCAGACGGCCUUCCCUUCCAUUGAAAACCCAACUAUUAAUGCCACUAUAUCAUGACGGCUUACGACGACCUACGAUUUCCACGACCUAUGAUUUCCACGACCUACGACUUAUGAGAUAUGUCCAGCAUGAAUGCAUCUUACGCAUGUUGCAUUGGUAUGGAUUUGUUUGGGUAUUCUUGCGGAAGCCGCGCUUUUGAGUGGUUAUCACUUAGCGAUUGCUUGAGCUACCCCAUAGUAACGUCUCGUGCGCAUGUUGACGAAAGAAGAGAUGGUGGAUGGAACGGAGCGAGCUUCGAUAUGCCCAUUUACC